CAGUAAUGAAUGCAAACCCAAAUAGUGUUGAUGUUGUCAUUUCACUGUCCCCAUAUGAGAUAAGUGGACAAUCUGUCCUGACGUCAUAUCAUGUAAUACAUAUAGAACGGUCCCAGUGUUGGGGGCAUUAUUGUCUGUCUAACUAGCGCUCCGAACAGUCGCCAUGGCACCACAAAUUAAAUACACCAAGUUGUUCAUCGACAAUGAGUGGGUGGACUCCGUGAGCGGUAAAACCUUCGACACUUACACCCCUCACACUGGAGAGGUCAUAGCGUCUGUCGCUGAAGGAGACAAGGCUGACGUGGACCUUGCAGUAGCGGCUGCACGACGUGCUUUCCACCGCAACUCAGAAUGGCGCCUAAUGGAUGCCUCCCAACGCGGUGAACUCCUGCGCAAGUUUGCGGACCUCGUGGAGAGAGACAUUCAAUACAUUACCGAGUUAGAGUCUUACAACAACGGCAUGACGAUGAGCAUGGCCCCGAAGGCCAUGCAAGGAAGUAUUAACUACAUUAGGUACUUCGCGAGUCUAGCUGAUAAAAUUCAAGGCACCACAAUUCCUUCUGACGGUGAAGUAUUUUCCUACACAUUAAAACAACCUGUAGGCGUAUGUGGACUUAUUUUGCCAUGGAACGGACCAGUACCAAUGUACGUCAACAAAGUCUGCACAGCACUUGCCGCAGGUUGUACAAUGGUGGUAAAGCCAGCGGAACAGACUCCACUAACUGCUUUGUAUCUGACGGCGUUGCUGGCAGAAGCCGGUGUCCCCAAGGGAGUAGUGAACGUUAUCAAUGGCUACGGUGAAACCGCUGGAGUCGCUCUCACUCACCACCCUCAAGUUGCGAAGAUAUCGUUCACUGGAUCUCUUGAAGUCGGCAAAUUAAUUCAACAAGCUGCUGGAACCAACAACCUUAAACGUGUCACUCUUGAGCUGGGAGGCAAGAGCCCGCUCGUCAUCAUGGACGAUGCUGACUUGUCGAUUGCGGUCCCAUACGCUGCAAUGGGUGUAUUCUCGAACCAAGGUCAAAUGUGUAUAGCAGCGUCUCGUUUGUUCGUCCAUUCCAAGAUUUACGACAAAUUUGUUGAAGCGGCAAUUAAGUUUGCUAAAUCUAUCAAGAUGGGUAACCCGGCCGACCCCACGACACAACACGGACCGCAGAUCGACGAGUUGAUGAUGAAGAAGGUUUUGAACUAUAUUGAAACUGGUAAAAAAGAAGGAGCGAAGCUGGUCCUUGGAGGCAAACGAGUUGGAACCAAAGGCUUUUACAUCGAACCCGCCAUCUUUACUGAUGUCACAGAUGACAUGACCAUCGCUAAAGAAGAGAUCUUCGGCCCAGUACAGAGCAUUCUGAAGUUUGACACAUUAGAGGAAGUGAUUGACCGAGCAAACGAAACUAACUACGGUCUCGCCUCCGGAAUCUUCACUUCAGACAUCAACAAUGCUUUGCAGUUCAGCAAGCAUGUUGAAUCUGGCGUUUGCUGGGUCAAUACGUACCUUCACUUCUGUGGACAGAAUCCGUUUGGAGGUUUCAAGGAGUCGGGAAUUGGACGCGAAAGUGGCUCGAACUGCGUUGACCCGUAUUUGGAAGUUAAGACGGUGACCAUCGCCCAGCCAAAGAAGUUUUGAUUUGUUAUGAUUCGUUGCAACUGAAUAAAUGUUGGUAACCAUUAA